AGGAGGAAGUGAUGUAGGUUUUUUGAACCGUUGGCGGUUUGUCCAGGGAAGAAGAGAGUAACGAAUGCUAAUGCUAAUGCUAUCAAAGAAAUUGAUGUUUUAAGUCAGAUUUUUUCCCCUAAACGCUAUUGGAAGCAUGCAGAACAAGGAGAACCGUGAACCCAGAAACCUCCUCACACAGACAGUCAGACCGUUCAGAGACGAGAUGAACCUUGGAGCUGUCAUGGGCACCGGUCCUGGCCGAGUCCCAGUGAAGCCCAGCUCACAGAAGAAGUUCUCAAUUGAUGACUUUGAUAUUGGUCGACCCCUGGGAAAAGGCAAGUUUGGGAACGUGUAUUUAGCACGAGAAAAGAAGCUGAAGGUCAUUGUGGCGCUGAAGGUGCUCUUUAAAUCCCAAAUGGAAAAGGAAGGAGUGGAACAUCAACUCAGGAGAGAGAUCGAAAUCCAAUCUCACCUCAGACAUCCGAACAUCCUGCGCUUUUAUAACUACUUCCACGACUCGUCACGCGUGUUCCUGGUUCUGGAGUAUGCACCACGGGGAGAGAUGUACAAAGAGCUCCAGCGCUGUGGCCGCUUUAAUGAUCAGCGCACAGCCACGUUUAUGGAGGAAGUUGCAGAUGCUCUUCAAUACUGUCAUGAAAAGAAAGUGAUCCACCGUGAUAUUAAGCCUGAGAAUCUGCUGCUGGGCUUCAGAGGAGAGCUUAAGAUUGCGGACUUCGGCUGGUCUGUUCAUGCACCGUCGCUACGACGGCGCACCAUGUGUGGCACUCUGGAUUAUCUUCCUCCUGAGAUGAUUGAAGGGCAUUCACAUGACGAGAAGGUGGAUCUGUGGUGCAUCGGUGUGCUGUGUUACGAGUGUUUGGUGGGAAAUCCACCCUUUGAGACAGCCAGCCAUUCGGAAACAUAUAAACGCAUCACAAAGGUGGAUCUGCAGUUUCCCAGAGUGGUUUCAGAAGGUGCUCGUGAUCUGAUCUCAAAGCUGCUGAGACACAGCCCCUCCAUGCGUCUGCCUCUGAAGAGCGUUAUGGAGCACCCAUGGGUGAAGACCAACUCCCGCAGAGUUCUGCCCCCAGUCUGUCAGCCCAAACCCACUCCUUCACACUAGCCUUAAUUCUUAUGUGAUGCUUUUUAUCUGUUUAAUAAAAAACCAUUUAAUGAAUAUGUCGAUGCAGAUGAGUAGGUUUUUUUUUAUUUUAAUUUUUUUAUGUACGAGUAGAUUCUGCAUCAGUCUGACCAUUUAAGGUGUACAUAGCAGGCAGGAAAAGUGGGCAUGAGGAUCAAGAUUCCCUCCUCACAAGUAUGGCUUCUGCAUGGUCUGUGUGUGUUUUAGAUAAACAACUGAGCUUUCCUUGUCUCCGCACUGACAAGGUCCCUGCUACUUCAUUAAUGGAAAAACACCAAAAUAGACCAGUAGUUGUGGAGCAGCAGCAGGUCUAUAAUAGAGAGUACAACUAAAGUGUUCUCUCUCCACAGCACUGCUGGUAGCUGGAUUUGUUUUAACACAAAUAUAUGUAUCAUAUACACUGUUUGUCAUUUUUCUGUGUUUAGAGCUUUUUAUGGGCUGUGUUCUGGCCUUGACUAGUGAAGAACAUGAUGUAUGGUGUGUGGGUUUUUUCUAUAUGGAACCAGUUUAAGAAUGUCAUUCUUUAUUGUUUAAAUAAAAACCAUGAAAAAUACCGAA